UACAUUUUACUGAGAACCGGGAUGGAGGAGAGGCGGAGGGGGGAAGCAAAAAAAGUUUCGUUUAAACCUGGCAGAGAAACUUUCAACAUGAAGCCUGACAGACUCACCAUUUCACCACCACAGCAACAUCAGCGCUAGGAAAAAGAUUGCUUUUCCUCUGAAUACAUUUUCACCUCCCAGCUUGUGCUUUUUCUUUCCCUCUUGUUGUAUUUUCUGCGCGCAAGGCUGGUGGAGCUUGCUGUCACUGCGCGCUGAGAUGUUGGAGUGACCAUGGCUGCGCAAGUGGCAUCGGCUCCGACCAGAACUAAUAAUAAAAAUAAGAAAUUGUCCGGCGGUUUGGGUCCGGAGCUCAAUUCUGGGAAAUCCGGAGGAGGAGGGACCGUGCAGCGAACUGGACCGAUGCUGGGUGCUGGCGAUGGGACUCUGAAUAAUGUAGACCAUCACCGCCGAAACGAGCUCAGCAUGGUUCAUUCAACUUCCACGAGUCACAACGCUCCGGACAGCCACGACAAGGCUGGAAACAAUCUCAUAUCCGCGUCGGUGUCGAAUUCAAACACUUCGUCGAUGGAAACGGGUUUGAUCGCGAACCAUAAGCUGAAAUGUGUGGGGAGCGGAGAUUCCCCUCAGUCUCAACCGCCGCAGCAGCCGCUGCCGCAAUUUGGCCAGUUUGCGCCACAUCAGCAGAGGCAGAUUCAAAGUAACAACAACGUCAACAACAACGGCCAGGUCCCCCGUGGGGACAGAAGUAUGGAUCACCAACACCACGGUGGCAAAGAGAACCUAUUGGGGGGGCAGGAGGAGUCACAGCAGCAGCACAUGCCAGGGAAAGGUGAGGGGGACCUCACCUGUAAACCCUCGGAGAGGAUGAUGAGUUCCAGGUUUGAACACUCGAACUUGGGGCCACCAAACAACAACUCCGAGUUUAAUAACAACUAUUAUCCUUCAAGACCCUGUUAUGAUCAACAUGGCGGUCAACAGCAACAAAGCAGCGGGAUGGGGACAACGCACUCCUCACACAACAGCAUGGAGAACUCCCACGAAGCAGGGUACAACAGCCAGUACGGCCAGUACCCAGCAUACCGGGCGGGCUACGGCGGCGGGGCCUACGGGAUGAUGGGCCCCUCUGGAUGCCGGCAACCAGGGAACAUGAUGAUGGGCAACAACUCCUCAGCAAGCCACGGCAAGUCUCCUCUGGGUGCUGCCUCGGGUGGCUUUCAGAGGUACCCGGGACAAACUCAGCAGCAGCAGCAGCAUCCUUCAGGGGCCACCCCGACUCUCAAUCAGCUGUUGACAUCCCCCAGCCCAAUGAUGCGGGGUUAUGGAGGUGCCUAUCAAGACUAUAGCGGCCCCACUGCUCAUCAGCAAACCAGUAUGGGGCUGGGGAAAGACGUGGGGCCCCAGUAUGGAGCCACCACGACCCACUGGGGAGGGGGACAGAGAAACCAUCCACUUUCAAUGAACCCUACGGGCAACGGAGGGCAAGGCCUCGGCAGGACGCAGGUGUCCUCCAUGGACUUCAUGGCUAUGAAGCGCUCACAGCUGUAUGGCAUGGCCAAUAAUCCCUACUCCACACCUCAACAGCCAGGAGGUGGACCUUACCCCCCUAGCCAGCCAUACACAUUGCCUCCUCCACAUCGAUAUCCAAUGAGCAUUCAGGGGAGGAGCCAAAUGGGCAUGGGUGGGAUGCAGUACCCUCAACAACAGCAGGUGGCACCAUAUGGCCAACAGGCGAUGGGAGGCUACAGUCAACAGCAGCAGGGGGGGCAGCAGGGAACACCUCCGUACUUCAGCCCCCCUCAGCAGACCGCACCAGGCCCAACCCAAAGCUCCUACCUGCAGCCUCGACCACCACUGCAACAGGAGCCCCAGCAAGAAAGCUACAGCAUCAGAGGCCCUGCUCCAGGGAAUUCUGGGAAAACCAACAACGAAGAUGGUGUUUCCCAUGACCGCCCCUCCAGUUUGCCGGAUCUGUCUGGCUCGAUUGAUGACCUCCCCACUGGGACAGAGGCCGGUCUGGGUUCAGCCGUCAGUGCUGGCGGAUCCUCCAGCAGCAGCAGUAGCCAGGGGGAGCAGGGAGGCGCUAGUAACCAGGGACAGUCUCCCUUUUCCCCUCAUGCCUCACCUCACCUCCCCAGCCAGAGGAGCGGGCCUUCUCCCUCCCCUGUGGGCUCCCCUGCAGGGUCCACUCAGUCCCAGCAAUCCAGAUCUGGCUCAGGACCCAUCUCUCCUGCCAGCGGACCCGCUGCCAACACCACUGCGCCAGGUUCCACCAUGGCCCCGCAGAGCUCUGGAAAUGGACCAGAUGGAGCCCACCCGCCAAUCACUCCCUCACCUGUGGCUCAGGAGAGGGGAUUUAUGUCCAACAUGCAAAGGAACCAGUCUGGCUCCCAGUUUGCCUCGCCACAGUCUGGCCCUCCUGUGUCCCCACACCCAUCCACUGGAGGUUCAUUGUAUUCUGGUAUUGGUCCGUACUCCCAGAGUGGCCCCACAGGUCCCUAUGGACAUCAGGGAUCGCAGUAUGGACACCAAGGUAACUACCCUCGGCCCUCUAACUUCACUGGGACAGCCAGUACCAGCUACAGUGGUCCGGGGUCUGGCAUGACUAACAGUCUGGGGAUAAACGCUACCAGUCCAAUGCACGGUCAGGGGGCCGGACAGCCCAUACCUGGAGGACGCAGCCAGGGCCCAGGCAGCCAGAACAGACUCUACCCGUCCAUGGGUCCCAUUUCACCAAGCAUGUCGCAGCCAGCCGGGCCAGGAAUGGGUCCUCCAUCUUUGGGUAGCUCAAACCGCAAGGCCCAUGAAACAGCAGCAGCUAGCAUGCCGCCAUCUGUCAACUCAGUUCACAACAGGCUGCCUCCAUAUGCUAGGUCACAAGCCUACAUGCAGCCCACUUCCACCCACUGGCCCCAUUCUUCCUUCACCUGUCCACCACCUUCAUCUCCACCCAGAACUUACCAUACUCCCAUUUUGCCACCUUCACAUUCACAGCAACAUAGGCAAGGCAACUACCAAGGCCCUGGUGUCAGCCAAGCAAGCACUGUCCCCUAUAAUGCUUCAACGGGCAGCAAUAGUUCAGUCACAAGCAACACACAAGGUCCAGGCUACAAUAUUCCAUCUUCAGGAGCCACGGGACUCUUAGGGGAUGGCAUAAUGAGCCCAGAUGGCAAACAGAAGAUGGACGUCAAAGACGAUAGUGGCACGAACAAUGAGCCGCACAAGCCAAAGCUACAGGACGGUUACAUGAACAAUAACAGCAGCAGUGUGUCUCAGCCAGCCACUCCAGGGGGAGCCCUGCCCGUGCCGUCCCCCCUAUCACCCAGCCCCGCCAGCCUGUCCUCCUACCACGGAGAUGACAGCGACAGCAUCAGCAGCCCGCCAUGGCCUCUCAAGACUCCCUCCAGCCCUAAGGCCAACCCCAACUCCUCCCUCAGUGGUGAGCGAAUCACACGGCUAUAUGAGCUGGGGGCGGAGCCAGAGAGGCGGUCUUGGGUGGAGCGAUACCUGACCUUUAUGGAGGACCGAGGCACACCUGUUGCUCAGCUUCCAGCUGUGGGCAAGAAGCCACUGGACCUCUGGAAGCUCUACAUGGCUGUUCGGGAUAUAGGAGGACUCGCCAUGGUCAACAAGAACAAGAAGUGGCGUGAGCUGUCCUCCACCCUGAAUGUUGGUACAUCCAGCAGUUCUGCCAGUGCGCUAAAGAAGCAGUACAUCCAAUAUCUGUUUGCCUAUGAGUGCAAGAUGGAGAGAGGAGAGGAGCCGCCAGCAGACAGCAACAGCAGCGGCAUCAUGGCUGGAGGAGAUGGCAAGAAGCAGGUCAAGAUCCAGCCGCCUUCUCCUGCUAAUUCAGGCGGAUCCCUGCAAGGCCCACAGACGCCCCAGUCAUCUGGCAGCAGCUCUACAGCAGAGGCAGCAGGCGACCUGAAGCCUCCCACACCUGCCACCACCCCGCUGGGACAGGUCACACCACUGCCUCCCAACAGGAGCAGCGUGAGCAUACAGGACCCCUUCUCGGAGGUGAGCGACCCGGCCUUUCAGAAGCGGGCUACCCCCCUGCCCCCCUCAGCUCCAUACCAGCAGGGCCUUAGCAUGCCUGACAUGAUGAUGAGGAUGCAGUACGACACCAAGGACCCAUUUGCCGGGAUGAGGAAGAUGGCAGGUGCUGAUCCCUAUAUUCCAAGUCAGAUGCCCAGUGGUAGCAUGCAGGACAUGUAUGGUCGACCCCCUUCAGCCCUGGCCAUGGGCCAAAGGUCACAGUACCCAUACGGGCCAGGUUAUGACCGGAGACCAGACCAUAUGAUGGGGAUGGAGGGGAGCAUGGGUCCACCUGGGAGUCAAAAUAGCAUGGGACCUUCCAACAGUGAAAGCAGCAUGUACUCUACCAGCAGAUACCCUUCACAGCAGAGGCAUGACGGCUACAGUCAGCAGUAUCCCAGCAUGCCGUAUGGGAUGCAUCCAUCAGGGAUGUACCCACAGCAACAGCAGGGCUAUAAACGGCCAAUGGAUGGGAUGUAUGGCCCCCCGCCCAAAAGACACGAGAGUGACAUGUACACCAUGCAGUACCCCAACCAGCAGCCAGACAUGUAUAACCAUUAUGGAGGCGGCUACUCAGGCCCUGAACACAGACCAAUUCAGGGACAGUUUCCCUACUCCUUUCAUCGUGACCGCAUGGCCCCUUCUGGCCAAAGUCACCACAGUAUGAUGGGUGGGGGUCCUACUCCUAAUCACACUGCUGAUGGGCCCAAUAUGUGGCCUUCAAGAACAGACCUCGGCUAUCCCUACCCCAACAGACAGGGGCCGCCAUCACAAAUGCCACCAUAUGGCUCCAUUUGUAGAGACGACAUGGAUGGUCGGCCCGGGCAGGACCAGUGGCACCGCCAGUCUCCCUAUAUGUCAUCAACAGGUGGAAUGCCCCCUUUGUCUUCGCGCCAACCAUCAUCUUACUCCAACUCCCCAUCCAUGGCCAACCAUCUGCCCCGAGCACCCAGCCCAGGGGCCUUCCAGCGCUCCAUGGACUCUCGAAUGUCACCCAGCAAAGCAGCGUUCAUGUCACCGAUGAAGAUGCCUAAGCCUGGGUUAGCUAUGAUGGGCUCGCAUGGCACUGGACCCAUCGGUCAGUUUCCCCCUAACCUGAGGAGAGACCUCAAUUAUCCACCAGGGUCAGUGGAGGCCACCAUGCCGAUUCUAAAGCCUCGCCGCAAGCUCACAUCCAAGGACAGUGGAAUGCCCGAGGCCUGGCGUGUGAUGAUGUCUCUGAAGUCUGGCCUGCUGGCAGAAAGCACAUGGGCUUUAGACACCAUCAACAUCCUGCUGUAUGACGACAGCACUGUGGCCUCCUUUAACCUCUCCCAGUUACCUGGAUUCCUUGAGCUCAUUGUGGAGUAUUUUCGCCGCUGCCUGAUUGAGAUCUUUGGCAUCUUGGAGGAAUUUGAGGUUGGCACUAUAGCUCAGAAAAGCCUUUCAGAUCCUGAUUCUAUGGAGAAAGAAGGGCUUACCCCUGAUCUGGAAAUGCACUCUAAUGCCCUACCUGGAUCUGAAUCCUCUCCAGCAUCAGAGAUGCAGAUGGAGCAAAUAGGAGGCACAGAGAAGGAAGCUUCAUCUGUCACUGCAGAGCCAAGUGAGGAGCACAGCAAGAUUGAGGAUUCAGAUAGGAGCAUGGAGAAGGAGGACAAAAAUGAAGAAGAUAAAGAUGGAAAGGAAGGACAGAAAGAGAAGGAAGGAAGUAAAAAGGAGAGUGUGGACCAGGCUCCUGCAGAGUUAGAACUGAAACCGAAACAAGCCAGCAAAUAUGACAGACUUCCUGUCAAGAUUGUGCACAAAGAAGACCUGAUGGAAGACAUGACCGAGCACUUAGGUUACAUCACUGAGUUUAGCAGCGGGCUGCUGCACUGGCAGGCUGGUGGAGGUGACUCCACUGCACACAUUCAGACACACUUUGAACCACGGAGCGAACCACCUACCAGAGCAAAUGAAAAGAAAAUCAAUGAGUACAAACAAGAAAAGAAAACAGACAAUGAAAAUAAACAACCAUUGAAACAUAUCAUUGCUACUAUUGAUGAUGUUUUGUGUGCUAGGGUUGACGCCCUCUCUUAUGCACACCCUGCACGCUCCCUGCCAUCCUAUCCCUUCAGGGUGCACCCAGAUGGAGAGAAGGACCAUAUCACCCUGCUGGAGGACGAGCCCCGCUGCCUGGAUGAGGCCCCACUGUGCACAACCUCUGCCUGGCAGGAGUCGCUGUCCAAGCGAUGCCUCUGUGUCUCCAAUAUCGUCCGCAGUCUGUCCUUUAUCCCUGGGAACGACUUGGACAUGUCACGCCACCCUGCUCUGGUACUUCUCCUGAGCCGGCUGCUCCUGUUGCACCACCUGCACCCAGAGCGGGACAGGUCGGCCCCGAGCUACCAGAGAGACGAGAAACAGGAGAGGGGUCUGUCGAGUAGUAAAGAAGAGUGGUGGUGGGACUGUCUGAGUCUGCUCAGGGAGAAUGCCAUGGUUACACUUGCCAACAUUGCAGGUCAGUUGGAUCUCUCCACCUACCCAGACACUAUCUGCCUCCCAAUCUUGGAUGGCCUUCUCCACUGGAUGGUUUGCCCAGCAGCUGAAGCCCAGGACCCCUUCCCAUCAGCAGCACCGUACUCCCAGCUCUCUCCCCAAAGGCUGGUGUUGGAGUGCCUCUGCAAGCUGAGCAUCCAUGACGGCAAUGUGGACCUCCUGCUGGCCACGCCGCCUUACAGCAGACAGGAGAAACUCUUCUCGGUCUUGUUGCGCUACGUGGGUCAGAGGAAGGCGCAGGUGUACAGGGAGAUGGCAGUGGCUGUUCUCUCCCACCUGGCCCAGGGAGACCCCACAGCAGCACGAGCCAUCGCCAUGCAGAAGGGUAGUGUUGCUAAUUUGGUAGGCUUCUUAGAGGAUGGUGUCACCAUGGCACAGUACCAGCAGAACCCUCACAGCUUGCUGCAUAUGGGACAUCCUCCUAUGGACCCACCAAGUAUAAACAUGAUGUGCAGGGCAGCUAAAGCCCUGUUGGCAAUGGCUAAAGUGGAGGAGAACAAGACAGAAUUUGUACUGUAUGAAAGCAGAUUAUUAGACAUCUCCAUUUCCUCGGUGCUCAACGCAGGAGUUGUUGCCAUUAUUUGCCAAGUUCUGUUUCACUUAGGGAAAUUAUGACAGGAGGAGAUGCAGGACUGGCACAGCACACGCUGAGAUAACUCUGUGCUUUUUCUAUUUUUAAUUUAUCAAAAUGGCAGAAAAUGUUUUUUUGUUGUUUUUGUUUUGUUUUUGUAAGGAAUAUCAGCAUAAAAAAUAUCUAUAUAUGUAUAGCAUCCGGACCCUGUAAGAAAAAAAAGUGGGUUUAGGAUUUGAGAGCUCAUUUUAAUAUAAAUAUUUAAUACCUGCUGGUGUUGGAUUGCUUUGUUUGAUAUUUUGUUUAUUUGCGUUCUUGUUUGUUUACUUUUUCAGCCAAAGCUGCCACCGGAUUUUGGUGCUGACGUGGUUUCUGUAGAGUUGAUGAGAUGUUUUUUCAGUUUUAUAAAUGCCAAUAUGCCCAUCAACAUUUUGUUAAUGGAGAGUAUUUAUUUAAAAAUGUGACACUGUACAGUACUUUGAGCUUUUUUCUCAAUAUUUGUGGAGGUGACAAAAAGAAAAAAGAAAGGCAAAAAAAUAAAAAGAAACACUGACUUUUUAAAAUUAAAUGUAUAUGUCUCCGUCGCUGGAAGAUAAGUUGUGCAAUAGGACCAGAGCAAGUUGUCCCUUUUGAAACAGGAGGUGAAGCUUCAGACACCUGCAGUGUGUGCUUCAGGCCAUGAGGAGGCAGCAUUGCACCAGCCAAUCAACAAGAAAGAAGAGCAUCAAAAGAAGUGUCUAAUUUAUCAAUCAUAGCCUCAAUGACUCUCACAGAUGAACUUCGUGUUUCCGGAACAUUUGUGUUAUGUCUGUAUUUUUUCAUCACUGUGUAUAUAAACCUUUGUGCAAUGGAUGCACAUGAUUCUUGCAGUCUCUAUCAAGCAUAGCAGGAGAUGGGACUUUCUGAUUAUUAUAAAAAAUGCUUUUAUUGUUGGUAAAAUUUGGUAUUGUUAUUAUACAUAUUUUGUUAAUGGGGUCAAAUAUUUGAACAUGGCAGAUGUACCUGAUGUUUCAAUGUAAAAAUUCCUGUAUGCAUUGUAUUAUAGCUGAGAAAACAAUCGCUUUGGUAAUCAAAUGUGGAAGUGCCAGGGUGAGAGAGGAAAUAAGCUUACAUGAGAAAAUUGAACAUAUUUCUGUUUGUUACUGUCCUUCAUUCAUGUCAAUGGAUGCAUUUUUCGAAUUUGCAUAACACUAAAAAAAAAACAUAUGAAAAGAACCUUGAAAACAUCCUGAAAGCUCAUUGUAAAAAUAGCCUUUUUUCGUAUGACUCCGUGUCUUUUAUUCCGUAUACACAUUUAUACUCUGUGCUGCACAUGUCACAAAUAAAUGUAUGAUGAACAUUGUUAAGCACUGGAGAUGUUGCAUUAUGUCCAGACAAUCUUAGGCCAAUAAAACAAACAUCAACUGCU